UAUAAAGAGCGGCGGGACAGACGGGACCCCUCCUCGCCGCUGCCAUGGCAUCGCUGCACUUCGGGGAGCCCCCGGCGGAGCCGCCCGCCUUCCCCUCGGGCAGGUGGGCAGGGGGCGGCGGGCCCGGCCCGGCCUCGCCCGCCCUGAGGGCGCUUCCCCCGGCGGAGCCUUCCGAGGGGGCGCCGGCGGCCUCGCAGCGUCGGAAGCGGACCAGCUUCACGGCGGCGCAGCUGGAGACGCUGGARCUGGUUUUCCAGGACACCAUGUACCCCGACAUCUACCUGCGGGAGAAACUGGCCGACGCCACGCAGAUCCCCGAGUCGCGCAUCCAGGUCUGGUUCCAGAACCGCCGCGCCAAGUCCCGCCGCCAGCGGGGUCCGCCCCGCCUCGGCCCCGCUGCGCCGCCGUCGCCGGGCUGCCCGCGGCCGCCCCGCUUCGCCGCCCUGCGCGCCCCGGAGCGGCCCCGCUGCGCCCUCUCCGGGGUGGCCCGGACGGAGGAGGGCUCGGCCCCUUACGCGUGGCCGCCGGCCGCCGGUUUCCCCGCCGGYCCCGGCUUCGAGGGCUUCCCACCCGCCCAGCCUGGCGGGGCCGAGCCCGCCCCGUUCGCGGGGAGCGCCGCCGGCCCCUUCCCGCCGGCCCGCGCCUUCUGCGGGCAGUACUCGCCUGUGUCGGACGCCGAGGACACCAGCGGCUACUCGGAGUCGGGCUCGGAGUGGGAGGAGAACGCGCUCGGUGCCUUCCGCGCCCUCUGAGCGCCGCCGCGGCGGGACGCGGCCCGGGCAGGGGACAGGUURAAGGCGCAUCCCCGGCCGCCCUG